AUGAUCGGAACUUCUCUACUUGAAUACAUCUUCAUUCGAGCAUGCAUCAUUGGCCUGCAAAGCGUUGCGCCCUUGAGUAUCAUUUAUUGCUCAGCAUGGGUUGUUUCUCAAGUGAUGAACUCUCUAGUACCUAUCGAGGCUCCCUUGCCGUUCAGGGUCUGGACCCUCGCUGAAGUCGUCUUCUAUAUCUUCGUCAAUUUCAUCUAUCGACAGAAACUUCAAUACGAAGCAGUGCACCCGGCAGCACCAUCACGAAACGAAAGGAAGAAGCUGUUCGAACUCUGCAACAGCAAUAUCCCUGAUCCAGAAGCAUAUUUCAAGAAGUGGUUCUUGGGUGCAACGACGGAUGAAAUCAAGAGAGACAACAUCAAGGAAUUCUUUCUAUAG